GUGGUGCUGUGGUCGCCGAUCCGGACGUGAGCCUCUGGGAUGUGGGAAGCGCGGAAAACCUGGCGGAUGUGUUUCAGGGUGCGGCCAGCGCCAACCCGACCGUGACGAAGUGGGACGUUCGCAAAGUGACCAGCAUGCAUGCUCUGUUCGAAUCUGCCUCCGUGGCGAAACCAAACGUCACGGCCUGGCAAACGGACUCCGUGAAGACUACGGAGCGAAUGUUUGCGCACGCGGUGAAGGCCAAUCCGUGCGUGUCCAGCUGGAACGUGCAAAAGGUGGCCACCGUGCGGCGCAUGUUUUACAACGCCACCUGCGCAACGCCAAACCUGGCAGAAGGCUUCUGGUCGGACUUCUUGGUGGACGGUUUGACCCCGUCCCUCGAGGUGGGGAGUGAGGACGUCGCAACGGGCGCGGGGCAGCUGCACCUCUGCGGUGCGGCGGAGAUGACGGAAAACUUCAACGACGACAAGCAGAACGCUGCCUUCGGUCGGGGUGCGGACCUCAAGUGCAACGAUGACGACCCGUUUCGUGUUCGGAUUGAGGUAGAGUCCGCCCCACUCACGGUGAAACUACCGCUGAACCUCGACGACGCGCACGCCUUCACGAUAUUCUGGGGAGACGCGCAGAACCUCAAAUUGCAGGACUUCGUCCAUCCGGAUAGACGGCAGCUCACGCUAGCAAACAUGUCGAGCCCGGAUCUCGCCGUUUUGGAGUACACUGCAUUCGAACUGUACCACGUGAACGCGUACUGCAACGUAGAGAGUCAGGAUUUGAUUGCCCUGGACGACGCCACGAAC